ACUCCAGGUCUGGUCACGUUCAGACCCGUGUCUGUAUUCGAACCCCAAAUUGGAGCUGAAUUGAUGAGACUAAUUUGGAGAGGGGGAAGGGGGGAGGGAGGGAGGCGAGCGAGCGAGCGCAAUUGCUCCUGAAGAAAUAAAGAAUUAAUAAGUCACCUUCUUGCCGCCGUGGACACCCUCUUGAUUUUUUUUUCCUUUCCAAUUUAUUCGGAUCUGCUCUGGAAUUUUUCCCCUCUUUUCCCGGGAGGACUCUUAAAUAAUAGUGAGAAAGUCCACAGCGUGGUCUGAAGAGCGUGGAAAAAGGAGGCUCUGUCUGUGGUGAGUGACGAUCAGUCCCUUUUUGAUUCAGCAUACGGAGCGGCAGCCCAUCUCCCCAAGGCAGAUAUGACUGCUUCGGGGAGUCCUGACUACGGGCAGCCCCACAAAAUCAACCCCCUGCCACCGCAGCAGGAGUGGAUCAACCAGCCAGUGAGAGUCAAUGUCAAGCGGGAGUAUGACCACAUGAAUGGAUCCAGGGAGUCUCCGGUGGACUGCAGUGUCAGCAAAUGUAACAAGCUGGUGGGCGGAGGCGAAGCCAACCCCAUGAACUAUAAUAGCUACAUGGAUGAGAAGAACGGCCCCCCUCCUCCCAACAUGACCACCAACGAACGGAGAGUCAUUGUGCCUGCAGACCCCACACUGUGGACACAGGAGCACGUUCGACAGUGGCUGGAGUGGGCUAUAAAGGAAUACGGAUUGAUGGAGAUUGACACUUCCUUCUUCCAGAACAUGGAUGGCAAGGAAUUGUGUAAAAUGAACAAGGAGGACUUCCUCCGAGCCACCUCCGCCUACAACACAGAAGUGCUGUUGUCGCACCUCAGUUACCUCAGGGAAAGUUCACUGCUGGCCUAUAACACAACCUCCCAUACAGACCAGUCCUCACGACUGAAUGUCAAGGAAGACCCUUCUUAUGACUCUGUCAGGAGAGGAGCAUGGAACAAUAAUAUGAACUCUGGCCUCAACAAAAGUCCUCUCCUUGGAGGAUCACAGACCAUGGGCAAGAACACUGAGCAGCGGCCCCAGCCAGAUCCUUAUCAGAUCCUGGGGCCAACCAGCAGCCGCCUAGCAAACCCUGGGAGUGGGCAGAUCCAGCUGUGGCAGUUUCUCCUGGAACUACUGUCCGACAGCGCCAACGCCAGCUGUAUCACCUGGGAGGGGACCAACGGGGAGUUCAAAAUGACGGACCCUGAUGAGGUGGCCAGGCGCUGGGGAGAGCGGAAGAGCAAGCCCAACAUGAAUUAUGACAAGCUGAGCCGGGCCCUCCGAUACUACUAUGACAAAAACAUUAUGACCAAAGUGCAUGGCAAAAGGUAUGCCUACAAGUUUGACUUCCAUGGCAUUGCCCAGGCCCUGCAGCCACAUCCAACAGAGACAUCCAUGUACAAGUAUCCCUCUGAUAUCUCCUACAUGCCUUCCUACCAUGCCCAUCAACAGAAGGUGAACUUUGUCCCGUCUCACCCAUCCUCCAUGCCUGUCACCUCCUCCAGCUUCUUUGGAGCAGCAUCACAAUACUGGACCUCCCCCACUGCUGGGAUCUAUCCAAACCCCAGUGUCCCCCGCCAUCCUAACACCCACGUGCCUUCACACUUAGGCAGCUACUACUAGAACUAACACCAGUUGGCCUUCUGGCUGAAGUUCCAGCUCUCACUUUACUGGAUACUCUGGACUCUAAAAGGCACAGUAGCCUUGAAGAGAUAAGAAAACUGGAUGUUCUUUCUUUUGGAUAGAACCUUUGUAUUUGUUCUUCUAAAAAAAUUAUUAUUUUUAUGUUAAAAACUUUUGUUUCCUCUACCUGAAAAAAAAAAAAGAUCAUUCCAUGAGCCAGUCCACCAGUUUGGAUUCUCAACCUCCUAUCAUCGAAUGAGUUAAAUAUUUAGGUUACUGGAACGGUUUAUACCAUGAUUCUGAGAAAGGAGUACGCAUUUUCUUUACUCUUUUUUUUUAUGACCAAAGCAGUUUCUUAUCAGCACACGGGUCUCAUCAUUGUAGGAUUCCCUACGAUCAUGAAUCAUGGACUUGACCAGGGUUGGUCUGGUUUGAGACUUAGUAAAAGUCAAGGCAGGAUGUUUAUAAUCUUAUCUUCGGAGGACUCAAUUCAGUGGAUGGCAACUGGAACACUGGCUCUGAGGCCAGUGAAGUUUUUUGCCCAACUGGAAUUUAAAAGAUGUGUGUCUAUGUGUGUAUUUAAGAAGCCAUUAUUAUUACAAAAUUCCUCACAAUGGGCAGUAUGUGUUUGGGUGACUCUUCUCCCCAGAAAUAGUCAGAAUAUGAACAAAGAAAGUUUAACACAAACUCAGACACUCCUGACGGGCAGAGGAUUAAAUAACAUUUUUUUGGAGGGUUUAAUAACAUUUUUGGAGGGGUUUUUUUGUUUGUUUUUGUUUUUGGGGGUUUUUUUUGUUUGUUUUUUGUUUUUUGGUUUUUGGUUUUUUUUUGUUUUUUUUUUUUUUUUGGUUUUGAUUUUUAAUGACAGUGAGUCCCAGAACUUUGAAAAGUCAUGGGGAUUUCUAAACUCAGAUUCGCAAACGCUGUGCGUUUGUCAGACCACCAGACCAAGGUCAAACAAUCAGAAGGCAACUAACUGUAUAAAUUAUGCAGAGUUAUUUUCCUAUAUCUCACAGUAUUAAAAAAAUAAAUAAUUAAAAAUUAAAGAAUAAGUAAACGAGUUGACCUCGGUCACAAAUGCAGUUUUACUAUCAAAUCAAUCAUUGUUAUUUUUUUAAAAUAUAAUUUGUACAUCUUUGUCAAUCUGUACAUUUGGGCUAUUUGUACGUUUUUGUAACUGUUUUUUUUUAAUAAGCAUAAUGUGACUAUUGAAAACGAGGAGUUAAAAGUCACUGAGUUUUUAGGAAGAAAAACCUAAAAAUACAGUUAUUUAACACGCAUGCCCAAACAAGAUCUGUUUAGACCUACAACGCUUUAGAAAUGUUUGUAAAUAACAGAGUUGCAAUAACCUGAAAAGGACAAACAAACUUUUCUCUGUGCACACGAGGCACUCUCCUGCUCUAUAUAUGCAAUAUAUUUUUAGAUGUGCAAAUAUAUAUAUAAUUUUUCAGGUAAUCGUGACUUUUUAAACGAUAUUGUUAAGGUGACAACUCUUAGUCCACUGAAGACUAAGUUGUAAAAUAAUUUGACCUUAAUAAAUUGUGCCUUCUUCUUUUUCUUCUUCUCUCA